UCAUGGGUUUAGACUGACGUCUCCUGGAACAGCGAGAAACACAUUCAGCUAGAUUACAAAUCAGAGAGGUGUGCGUCGUUGUUGUCAGUUGAUUUACACACGUGACAUCAACCGACACGAGCUGCCAUUGAUGUCAUUUUAACAAACUUGUGCUUCGGGAAGUGUCGAGCCCCGGCGGCAGCAGCGGAGCGCAGCAGCACACGCACACCGCACUGGACGCACCGUCCUGUGAACAGGGCUCGGGUUCUAAUUCAGACCUGUCAACGUAACCGUUCCCCCGGGCAGGUCGUUCCGGUCGCGGUGCCGUGGUCGGUUCCUCACACGCCUCCGCCACCGGGCCACUGACAUGUAAAAAACGCCUGGCCCUGGCGACGUCGCCAUAGCUAGCUAGCUAGCUCUAGCUAGCUAGCUAGCAUCGGCUCGCUCAACUAAAAGUUAGCUUUCGGCUAAGCUAGGUCUUUCGGCGAAGACGCCGAGGAAACGCCGCGACUGUCUUUUGUGGAGACACUUACCCUUUUGGACAGUUGAGCCGCGGGGCGCUGGACACACAUCGCGGCGGGUUGGAGCCCGAACACAAAGGAAGUUGUUGCGACCUUUCAGACGUCAUCAUCGGGCGACCGAUGUGUUUGUGAUCUGCUGCCCUGGCAAGCUGCUGGCGAACUAGCCUCGUCUCCAGACACACGACACACGGCACUUGCUUUUCUCUCCGAUUUUGAUCCCAGAUGGCGGCCUCCACUCGCAGGACGGUGAUGUCACUGUAUAUGCGGGCGUUUCGCAUCGCCCGUGCCUGGCAGGCAGAGAGUGGAGUUACAAGUGACACCGAGAGUGAGAGAAAAUACAUAGUUCAGGAGGCCCGCACUCUGUUCAGACAAAACCAGCAGCUCACAGAUCAAGAGUCAAUUAAGAGGUGUAUAGAAGAAUGUGAGGCAAGGAUAGAAAUAGGUCUACAUUACAGGAACCCAUAUCCAAGGGCGACCUACUUACCACCACUUGGACUGGCAACUCAGAAGGGCAGGAAGCUGCGAGCACAGCAGCGUCUGAGGAAGCAGGCCAAGCCAAUUUACUUAGAGUCACAUGAUGACACCUGAUGCUCGAUUUCGAAGAACUUUGCCAAGAGUUCAAGUUACCUAGGACAAGAAAUAAGAGUGCGGUCACAAGCUGAUGUCAAGGGCUGAGUCGAUGCAAGCAAUCACUGAUGAAAGAACGGCCGUCACUCAGGAAAAAGGCAUUUUUGACUGUACAUUUUUUUAAUUCAGUAAACUGCAUGAACUCAAGUUUUAAUUGUAGCUGAUGAGUGUCAGGGAGGCUGUCAGUGGGGUGUGACCUGUUAUAUAAGAUACAUUGUAUAUUAUAUUUUUUUGUAUCUGUCGUGUGAAUGGAUCACGCUCAUGUAGGUGGUGGACAUGGAUUCUACAUUCUAUAAAUUAAAUUGUCUUUAAACACAUGAACUUGCUUCAUGAAACCUUGCAAAUGGCUGCCAGAAUUGGAAUAAAUAAAUGACUAUUUAAGAAUGAA